AUGUCUAUGGGACCCGCCGUCGGUAUUGACUUGGGUACCACGUACUCUUGCGUGGGUAUCUUCCGGGAUGACCGGAUUGAGAUUAUUGCAAAUGACCAGGGUAACCGCACCACACCGUCCUUCGUGGCCUUCACGGACACGGAGCGGUUGAUCGGUGAUGCCGCCAAGAACCAGGUCGCCAUGAACCCCCAGAACACUGUGUUUGACGCCAAGCGGCUCAUCGGCCGUCGGUUCGCCGACGCCGAGGUCCAGGCCGACAUGAAGCACUUCCCCUUCACUAUCGUUGAUAAGGGCGGCAAGCCCAUCAUCGAGGUCGAGUUCAAGGGCGAGAAGAAGCAGUUCACCCCCGAGGAGAUCUCCUCCAUGGUCCUGACCAAGAUGCGUGAGACUGCCGAGUCUUACCUUGGUGGCACAGUUAACAACGCUGUUAUCACCGUGCCCGCAUACUUCAACGACUCCCAGCGUCAGGCUACGAAGGACGCCGGUCUCAUUGCCGGCCUCAACGUCCUCCGUAUCAUCAACGAGCCUACUGCCGCUGCCAUCGCCUACGGUCUUGACAAGAAGGUUGAGGGCGAGCGCAACGUCCUGAUCUUCGAUCUGGGCGGUGGUACUUUCGAUGUGUCUCUGCUCACCAUUGAGGAGGGUAUCUUCGAGGUGAAGUCCACUGCUGGUGACACUCAUCUGGGUGGUGAGGAUUUCGACAACCGGCUGGUCAACCACUUCGUCAACGAGUUCAAGCGCAAGCACCGCAAGGACCUGUCUUCAAACGCACGUGCUCUGCGUCGUCUGCGCACGGCUUGCGAGCGUGCCAAGCGUACUCUCUCUUCGUCUGCCCAGACCUCUAUUGAGAUCGACUCUCUCUUCGAGGGCAUCGACUUCUACACCUCCAUCACCCGUGCCCGCUUUGAGGAGCUUUGCCAGGACCUCUUCCGGUCGACUCUGCAGCCUGUUGACCGUGUCCUGACGGAUGCUAAGAUCGACAAGUCCCAGGUUCAUGAGAUCGUCCUGGUCGGUGGUUCUACUCGUAUCCCCCGCAUCCAGAAGCUCAUCACGGACUACUUCAACGGCAAGGAGCCCAACAAGUCCAUCAACCCCGAUGAGGCUGUUGCCUACGGUGCUGCUGUCCAGGCCGCCAUUCUCAGCGGUGACACCUCGUCCAAGUCGACCAACGAGAUUCUUCUGCUCGAUGUUGCCCCACUGUCUCUCGGUAUCGAGACUGCUGGUGGCAUGAUGACCAAGCUCAUUCCCCGCAACACCACCAUCCCGACCAAGAAGUCCGAGGUGUUCUCCACCUUCUCCGACAACCAGCCUGGUGUGCUUAUCCAGGUGUACGAGGGUGAGCGCCAGCGCACUAAGGACAACAGUCUGCUGGGCAAGUUCGAGCUCACUGGUAUCCCGCCCGCACCGCGCGGUGUGCCCCAGAUUGAGGUCACCUUCGACCUGGAUGCCAACGGUAUCAUGAACGUGUCUGCCGUCGAGAAGGGCACGGGCAAGUCGAACAAGAUUGUCAUCAACAACGACAAGGGCCGUCUUUCCAAGGAGGACAUUGAGCGCAUGCUUGCGGAGGCCGAGAAGUUCAAGGAGGAGGAUGAGGCCGAGGGCCGCCGUGUCGCUGCCAAGAACGGCCUCGAGUCGUACGCUUACUCCCUGCGCAACACUCUCAGCGACUCCAAGGUCGACGAGAAGCUUGACGCUGCCGACAAGGAGAAGCUCAAGGCCGAGAUUGACAAGAUCGUUGCUUGGCUCGACGAGAGCCAGCAGGCCACUCGUGAGGAGUACGAGGAGCACCAGAAGGAGCUCGAGGCUGUUGCCAACCCGAUCAUGAUGAAGUUCUACGGUGCUGGUGGUGAGGGUGGCAUGCCGGGUGCCGGCGGUCCGGGUGGCUUCCCUGGUGCCGGUGCUCCUGGCGCCGGUGCCGCGCACGAUGACGGCCCGACCGUGGAGGAGGUCGACUAA